AUGUGGCUCACAGCAAUCACCUUCUCUGCAGGAAGGAAUGGAAUGAAUGGAGCACCUGGUCCUCGAGGUGACAGCGGAGUACCGGGAAAUCCAGGUCUCGCAGGUAUGCAUGGCAGGAACGGAGAUUCAGGCUACAGAGGUCGUGGAAAACCAGGCCGACCGGGAACUAAAGGACCUCCGGGAGGAUAUGGUGAGCCAGGAAUGUCAGGAAUCAGAGGUGAGAUUACAAAAUUACAAACUGACAGAGGAGUUGAUGGACGUCCUGGUCUAAUGGGAGUACCCGGUAUGCCAGGCAAUCCUGGUAUGAAGGGCAAAGAUGGCAUUGAUGGCAUGACUGGGGCCCCAGGUGUUCCCGGAUCUGACGCAAGUUACUGUCCUUGUCCCAAACGAGGCCAGGUUGUUGUACUCCCUUCUGCAAACCAAGACGAGCUUAUCAGGAGUGUCAUUCGAAGGAACGCAAGAGGGACGAAAGGUUGA